CAUUCGAACUUCUAUAGAUGAUGGUGCAUUUUUCAGAAAUAAAUAGUAAGAUUGGUGGAGCUACAAAUUUGUGGAAAAUAAACGAUUUACGGAACGAGUUCUUUGUCAGUGUUACAGAGGCAGUGUUACACAAUGCUGACGUUCAACUCGAGUUGCUAACCCCCGGUAAAGAUCACUAUGAUUUGAUCAUUGUCGAAGUUUUUCGCCAGGAUGCACUUUAUGGAUUUGCUGCACAUUUCAAUGCGCCCAUCAUUGGAAUUUCUACAUUUGGUACCGACUGGAAUAUUGAUGAGCUAGUAGGCAAUACUGCUCCACUCUCCUAUAUACCAUUGGUUACAACUGCACUAAGUGAUUACAUGACCUACUGGGAGAGAGUUCAUAAUUUUGUUGAGACAACUGUAGCUUGGCUCAAUUGGAAACUAAAAUAUCACCCAGUUCAGAACAAGCUGUAUGAGCAAUUCUUUCCUCAUGUCGCCAACAAAGUUCCAUUGGUUGAUCUAUCCAAGAACUUCUCAUUAGUUCUACUCAAUCAACACUUUUCGCUCAGUUUCCCUCGUCCUUAUGUGCCAAAUAUGAUCGAGGUGGGAGGACUACAUAUAUCUCACAAACCUGCUCCAUUGCCGAAAGAUAUUGAAGACUUUAUCGAAGGAGCUGGAUCGGCUGGUGUCAUCUACUUCUCAUUGGGUUCAAAUAUCAAUAGCAACGAUUUACCUGAAGAGCGAACUCAGAUGCUACUCAGAACUUUUGCAAGUCUUCCACAGCGUGUUCUGUGGAAAUUUGAAAAUGAUCAGUUGCCUGGAAAACCAUCUAAUGUUUUUCUUAGCAAGUGGUUUCCACAGCCCGACAUUCUAGCGCACCCUAAUGUUAAACUUUUCAUCACGCAUGGAGGCUUGCUGAGUACGAUUGAGAGUAUUCACCACGGCAAGCCUGUGCUCGGAUUACCAUUUCAUUACGAUCAGUUUCUUAACGUGGAACGUGCUAAACGAACUGGUUUUGGACUCGGUCUCGAUCACAAAGAGAUGACAUCCGAGGAACUGAAAAUUGCGAUUCGUCGACUACUGACUGAGUCCAGUUUUGCGAAGACAGCUCAACAAUUAUCUGGUCGCUAUAAAGAUCAGCCAAUGAGUCCGCAAGAAACAGCUAUUUGGUGGACUGAAUAUGUUCUGCGACACAAGGGAGCACAUCACAUGCGGGUUGCGGCUCAAGAUCUUAGUUUUGUGGAAUAUCAUAAUUUGGAUGUGAUUGGAAUGUUCAUCAGUAUUUUUAUUAUAAUUGUUUGCGCAUUUGUUCUGAUUGUACGCAAGUUUUUGGGCAUUGGCAAUAGUCCAAAAGUAUACAGUAAAAUAAAAUUAAAAAGUAAAUAAUGCUGAAAUUUAUUAUAAGAAUUUAUGUUUCCA